CACAGCGUCAGUCGCAGCUACAGCUUCCCCAGAAGUAGGAGGAGAGAAAACCGCCGUGGGGCCGGCGCUCUGGAGUGGCUGAGCUCAGCGCACUCCCAUUCAUUAACCAGCUGCGGAGGAAGGUGGCAGAGUGGCGGAGCUGCCCACUCGCUAGCUCGCGCACACAGACUCACGCCAGCCAGCGCGUCCCGGGCUCAACAGCUCUGCAAAAGUUUCUGCUUGCGGCUGGACUCUCUUCUUCUUGGACUUUCGCACGAAUUGGAGUGGAAGAAGGGGAAAGCAGAGGAGCACGAGGAAGGCAGAAAACACCACUGUCUGCGGUGGGAAGCCAGCAGCCAGGACUGCACUCUCACCUCAGCUCGGCGAGCCGGGGCCGACCCGCCACUCUCCAAGCGCCUCGGCGGAGAGGCAGUCCCGGUGUCUGGGUGUGUGGCUGCUGUCCCGGGACGACUUCGCGGGCCGGGGGGAGGCUCGCGCCGCAGCCAGGGCCAUGCAAAACUACAAAUACGAUAAGGCGAUCGCUCCGGAGAGCAAGAACGGCGGCAGCCCGGCGCUCAACAACAACCCGCGGAGGAGCGGCAGCAAGCGGGUCCUGCUCAUCUGCCUCGAUCUCUUCUGCCUGUUUAUGGCGGGCCUGCCCUUCAUCAUCAUCGAGACCAGCACCAUCAAGCCUUAUGAGCGAGGGUUUUACUGCAAUGAUGAGAGCAUCAAGUAUCCACUGAAAACCGGGGAAACGAUAAAUGAUGCUGUGCUCUGUGCCGUGGGGAUCGUCAUCGCCAUCCUCGCGAUCAUCACAGGGGAAUUCUAUCGGAUCUAUUACCUGAAGGAGAAGUCUCGGUCAACGAUUCAGAAUCCCUACGUGGCAGCCCUCUACAAGCAAGUGGGUUGCUUCCUUUUUGGCUGUGCCAUCAGCCAGUCCUUCACAGACAUAGCCAAAGUCUCCAUAGGGCGCUUGCGUCCUCACUUCUUAAGUGUCUGCAACCCUGAUUUUCGCCUGAUCAACUGCUCUGAGGGCUACAUCCAUGCUUAUACAUGCAGAGGCGAUGACAGCAAAGUCCAGGAAGCCAGGAAGUCCUUCUUCUCUGGCCACGCCUCCUUCUCCAUGUACACUAUGCUGUAUUUGGUGCUGUACCUGCAGGCCCGCUUCACUUGGCGAGGUGCCCGCCUGCUCCGGCCCCUGCUGCAGUUCACCCUGCUCAUGAUGGCCUUCUACACGGGCCUGUCCCGAGUGUCUGACCACAAGCACCACCCUAGCGACGUCCUGGCAGGAUUCGUUCAAGGCGCCCUGGUGGCUUGCUGCAUAGUUUUCUUCGUGUCCGACCUCUUCAAGAGUAAGAUGUCGCUCUCCCUGCCUCCACCUACCAUCCGAAAGGAAAUUCUUUCUCAAGUGGACAUUAUUGACAGGAACAAUCACCACAACAUGGUGUAGGUGCCACCCACCUUCAAGUGUUCUUGUAAAUGACUGCUGACAGCAACUUCUUGCUGCUCUCCAAUCUCAUCAGACAGUAGAAUGUAGGGGAAAACUUUUUGCCCGACUGAUUU